AUGAGAGUUAAUUGUGCAGUUUCUCAAAAGAACAUUGGUGGUGACUACCUUAAAGAUGUCUUUACCUCAUGUAACUUGUCACCAGGGAAACACUAUCAAGAAGUAGAACAAAAGAGAGAUUUGAAAAGAAAAUGCUCCCAGUUCAAACGUACCACGAUUGAAGCAAAACGAAAAAGGUUGUCAUUCAAGCGUCUUUCUACUUCAAAAAAUAGCACGGCAGAGUUACGAGAGGGUAAAACUUAUUGUCCUCAAAUAGAUACUAUGACUGUCAUGCCUGAAGAUAUACUCCAAAUUCCUCCACCUAUUCCUCUUCCUCUUUACAGUCCUCUUGAGCACACAAGUGCUACAAUAGUCUAUUUUGAUCUAGAAAUGGCCUCCCUCUACUCCAAUGCAGAAAUUCUUCAAAUAGCAUGUUGUACAAAAUCGGCAUCCUUUAAUCAAUACAUCACACCACUCCUACCUUUAGAUCAGAAAGCAAGUGAAAUCACCCUUCUCACAGGAAACGACAAAGGAGAUCUCUUGUAUAAGGGAAAUGUUGUGCAAAGUGUCUUAAUAAAAGAAGGCCUUACUAGGCUCAUCGAAUGGUUGGAACCUCUUGCGCCUGUCCUUCUUGUGGGGCAUAACGCAAAAGUCUUUGAUGCCCCGAGACUAGCAUAUCAUGUAUCUGAGAACAAGCUCCUCAAACGAUUCGAAAAUAGUGUUGUAGGAUUUUCAGAUACAUUAGGCCCAAUGAAGGAGGCAUAUAAAGGAAAGGUCCAUAGAUACAGUCAGGGUACUUUAUACGAGUAUAUUAUGAAGGCCUCAUUCAAUGCACACAAUGCAAAAGAUGACUGUGAGGCAUUGCGAGAUAUGGUCGAGCAAAGUUCUAUCAAUAAAUCAAUUCUAAUGGGGUGCAGUUUUUCUCUACAUGAUGUAUAUCUGAAAUUGACACGCAAGUCAGAAGAACAAAAGAACCUCAAUUCUCUUUUGCCACUUAUCUCAGGCAGUGUCAUUACUAAAACUGUUGCAACAAAAAUUGCUUCGUCUGGUCUCAAUUCUGACCAUCUUGAAUUGGCGUUUAAAAGACGAGGUGAAAAAGGACUUGAGUUACUUUUAGGUGAAAAGGAUGAGUAUGGAAGUGCCAGAGGCACCAAUCGAAAAGCAGUAGUUGCGAAAAUAGCAAAUUUCGUUAAAUCUUUCCAGCUAAAAUAGUUUCAAGCAAUGAGGGAACAAGCAGUCUUAUUCUUUCAUGGAUAUUGUCUUUAAUUUUUGUCUGCUUUUAUGGUUGUCAUCUUGUUUCUAGUUUUAUCUAUUUCCAUGAAUUUGUGACUCUGUUGAAGAUUUGGAAAGACAAAGACAAUGACCAAUUUAUGAUUUGUUUCUCUGAAACUUCCAUACUCAUUCUCCCAUUUUACUUUUGUAUCAGCACCAUUUUUGCAUUAUCAUUUCAGAUAUUACUUGUAGAAUUUUGAUGCAAUGAGGAUUCUUCGUUACAGAUGACUCUGCACCAUGCAAUCUCUCCAAAUAUCUUUAUAAAAAAAGAUUGCGUGAUGUAGUAUUGUCCGCAACAAAAAUGUAUUUUUGUGGUGAUGCAAAUCUAGCUCAGAUUUUUGGCUGAUAUGGAAUCAGAUACAGGAUUCAAUAAGUGAUUUUUCUGAUAUGGGAUCUGAAAUGGGAUUUUCAAUAGCUUUUAUAUUUUACUGUUAAUCCCCUGGAAAACUGUUAUAAUGGAAUAAAAAGAUUAAUAUCCCUCAGCAAAAUGAAAUAUUACUUUAAAAUUGUAUUAGAUGUGGCUUACAUAUACACACCAUAUUAACAUCAUAGAAUAUUAUUCUGUAUUUUGGGUUUUUCUGAUGUUGCCCAAUGUGCUCGCUCAACGUUGACUGUGGCAAGUCAAUAGUAAAGCUAUGGGUCAUCUUUAUAACAAAAAUGAAAUAUUUUUAAAUUAA